UACGCGGUCACACUGCUCUAAACACUAACACUAGUUCGGACACAAUUUUUAUUUAUUGGCAAUUAUUUUAGAUCCAAGAAUAGGACAUAAAUCGAAAGAGUGCAGUCCUCAAACGCAGCGCAGCGUGCAGUGGGGAGCGUUCCGAAUCCGAUUUCAGUUACGAGACGAGUGUGUGUCCCCUUAACAAACCUACAGUCGGCACCAUGAGCGUGUUGGCGUAUCCACGUACAAACGAUGAGGAGAUUUUUCGUCACUGCACAAAGGAUUGUGGCGUCGUGACGGCCACCGAGGACUUCCAGUAUUUCGCAUUGCGCUGUAUCUUCUGCAGCGAAAAGUUUCUCUACUUUGAUUCAUUCAUUAGCCACAUGCAAACGGUGCAUCUGGGCACCGAGGGGCACGUUCCCCCAUCCAGCCUCGCCCUCAGCUUUGGCGGGCCCAUGUCCCUGUCGAUGGACGAGGAUGCCCUGCACGAGGGAAUCCAUCAUAGAAAUGGGCACCACUUUGACGAGAUCGAAGACUUGACCGAUGCGGACACCGCUCUGCUCGAGCCACAAAUGGUCAUCAAACAGGAGCUGCCCGAACCGCCAUGUAGCGACGACGACGACGCGGAUCCCGAUCACGAUGAGGAUGUGCUCCGUUUGCCGGCAGACGAAGACGACUCUGAGGCCAUUGACGACGAAGAGGCCAUCCUACCCGAAAGCGAUAUGCCCGCAAUUAUUCCGAGACCUCGCCCCCGUAUGAAGGUGACCAAGCCGCGAGUGGAUGUCAAAAACGAACCCAUCACCGCCGACGGUGACUCGUCGAUGGAUGAUUAUGCCGACCAUGAUCGGAGCUACAUGGGCGACAAUGAGAAUGACAAUUCCGGCGAAUAUUUGGACUACAGCGGCGGCAGCAGCAGCUUCAAUACAGCGGCCAAUCACAUCUUCCCCGGCAACGAAUCAACAGAUUUUCUCAGCUACGACGAGAUGGUCGAGGAGUCCCUCUUGGGGAGGGAUCGUGAGCUUACGAUGCACAUCAAGGAUCGCAAGAUGAUCCAAUUCCUCAUACAAUCAUAUCAGCGCAAUCCGUUCCUGUGGGACCACAGCGAUGCCCAGUUCCGGGAUCGUGUAAAGCGUGCCCGCUUUCUCGAUUGGAUUGUCCUGGAGUUUCAGAGCCGCUUCAACAUCUCCCUGGCCAAGGAUGCCAUCACCAGGAAGUGGGACAAUCUGCGCACCGUUUACAAGCGCGAAUGCAAUCGGAUGGCCCUCGAGAAAACGAACAUCAGUACGCUGUGGUACUUUAAGGAGCUGCAUUUCCUCAACGAGGUCUACAGCUACAAUUCCAAAAUGUCCGAUGCUGUUGUCAAGGAAACCUCAUACCGGCGCCGAUUCUCAGCCAUUUGGAACGACACAUCGACAGCGAAACUGCUGAGCAUGGUGAAGCGAUAUCAGUGCUUCUAUAACCGCUUUGAUCCGGACUACCGCAGCAAGGAGCGUCGAGGCGAGGGCCUGCACCAGAUGGCCAUGGAGCUGCAGCAGCUGAUUGAUGUGUCCACCAUCCAGAUCUCGAAGCGCAUCUCGCAGCUCCGCUUUGACUAUUCCAAGCAGAAGCUGGAGCGCCUUAAUUGCGAUCGUGCGGGGCGCAAGUUCAUACCGAAUUACAUCUACUACGAUCAAAUGAACUUCAUGGACGACGACAUACCGCCGUUCAAGUGCCAGCACUGUGCAGAGAUUGUGCAGACGCUGCGCGAACUCGACCUGCACAUGCUCACCCACCAGCCGAGCCUCGGCGGCGGAUACUAUUGCAAUGUGUGUAACAUUCAGUUCAACAGCCCCGAGGAGUUCGAUAGCCACAAGCAGCUGCAUCUGGGCGCCGGCACCGAGGGUAAAUUCAACUGCGAACUGUGCACGGCCAGCUUCCGGGAGAAGUCCAACUACGAUGAGCAUUUGCGGCGCCACAACGAGGAGCUGUUCCUGCCAACGCUGGCGCUCAAUCUCAAUCACAGCAUACUGGAGUCCUCGGGCCCCGCCGAUUCUGGUUCUGGUUCGGGUUCUGGUUCUGGCGACGCUCAUAAGCGCCGCCGCCGCCGAAGCGGUGUCCAAUCGUCUGACGAGAAUGGCGAGGAGCAGGACGAUCAGCAGGACGGACCAGCAGACGGGGAGCUGAAGCCUUUUGGGUGCGGUGUGUGCCAACGGAGCUUCGCGACGCCCGGCCACCUGAAUGCCCACCGCAUUGUGCAUCAGGAUGAGCGAGAGCGCUCCUACAAGUGCGAAUAUCCGCAGUGCAACAAGUCAUUUAUGGCCCGCAACAGCCUGUUCGAGCAUCUGAAGUUGCACUACAGCAACGAGGAGUUCAAGUGCGACAUCUGCGGCAAGACCUUCAAGUCCACAAAGAAUCUGCAGAAUCACAAACAGAUCCACGACAAGGUCAAGCGUUAUGUCUGCCAGAUAUGCGGCUCUGCAUUCGCCCAGGCCGCCGGCCUCUAUCUCCACAAGCGACGACACAAUCGGCCCAAUGGCGCUGUUGGUGCUGUUGGCCGAUCGGGUCGUAGCAGCCUGUGAGAGGGACGAGAGCGGGAUCGUGAUCGGGAUCGGAUCAAAACCAAGGCUGGAUCUGUUCGCAAUCGUGGACGGGGUCGAGGAAGCGCCAGUGGUCGUCAUGUCAAAUAGAUUGUUAAGAAAUUUCAACGUCCUUCAAUUUGCCUAACAACUAACAAGGCAGCUAGCUAGCUUUUUCUUAUUUAACUUUUACUACACGUAUUUUACACUUAUUUAAUAUUAAUAUUAGUUUAAUUAGGCAUUUAGUUUGUUCAUCUGAGCGCUGGUACCUGCGGUACUUAAACGAAAAGUAUUCCCACCACGACCACCACCAGCACCACCAGCACCACCAGCACCAGCAUUAGCACAACAGCCAACAAAUCGAGUAGAUUAAAUGCAAUCCUACCUAUAGUUAAGCUUGAAGUCGUACACUUCCCUCCAUUAUCAUCAUCAUCUCAUCCGAUAGAUCAAGCAGACACUAUUGUACUUAUGUCCAUGUUGGGGAGCCAUACAACUCCUUGGCAGAUUCGAACUAAUUAUUAUACGAGCAUGAAUUAUUAUAUACACAUUCCUAUGCCCCCAUCCGCUUGAUCCUCUCCCCCCUCCCCCAGAAAAUCGCAGAGUGUGUGCGCGCGCGUCUAAACAUUCCAGAACAAAGUAUUUUAUAUCAAGUAUUCUAUGUAUCGUAACUAAGUACGUAUUAUGUAUAACGAACGAUGGAUCCAUCCACAGCAGAGGUUGGACCCUCAGGCUAACAAUUACCAGCAAUAUUUAAUUUUAUAAGUUCUACAAAAGCAACACACAACAACAAACAACAAAACACCAUGUACAGAAUGUGUAAGGAGCCAUAAGGCAUCAGAAAAUUACCCAAAAAGAUAGAGCCCCAGAUGGAGAGCCGAUAGAUGGUGUAGGUGCAGAUUCAAAUUCGAUUGUACACCUCUUAUAAUAAUAAUAAUUUUUUUCAUUUUUUUUUUUUUAAUCUGUUUUUUAGUCUGCUUUUCAUUUUUUGACGGAUCUGAAACUCUGUAGCGAUCACAGUCGAACUUUUUCAAACUCGAAACCCAAUCACCAACACCUCCCCCCCCCCCCCCAAUCUGCCACUAGAGAAAUUAUUAUUUUAGAAAAUAGAUCUAAGAUAUCAGCCGUUCCCAGGAAAUGAAUCAUUAUUUAUACUUCAUUCGACUCAAAGAAAGAUUUCCAUUUUAAUAAUAAUCUAAGAAUAAUCAACAAUUUUAUCACCACACACUACGCGAGUAUUUAAUGCAAAAACGAUUGCAAAUUUUCCAAGAAUCGUACUAGAAUAAUGGAACUUAGUCUUCAAAGAGCUAAGGACGGGAACAUAUACAUUUAGUUGAAUGCAGUUUUUGGGCUUGGAGAAAAUUCUAUGCAAAUCCCUUACAAAACAUUCGAUGCUAUUACUAAUACGAAUACAUUUAAAUGCUGGCUGAAAAACUUAGAUGUUUAUCAUUUUAAAGACAGAGAAGGGUUAGGUCAUUGGUUAGAUAGAUGGAUCCUAAACCAUUUAUAUUAAAGCCCAUGAGUUUUCGAACCAGUAAUGAAUGCCUUAUGGCCGCCUGAUAUCUUCACUGUACAACCAACGACUGACUGAAUCCUGAAUACAGUGCGAAGGGAAGUUCAAAGGUUGAAUCCCGAUUCGUUCUAUAAUUGCAGCUGUAUUUUGUAACUGUAACUGUAACUCUAAACAUAAUUAUGUAAAUAUGUAAUUUGCGAUGAUGCACACGACCUGCUAACUGAUUAUAGCAGCUAUAUAGGCAUUAAUCCUAAGCAAUCAGAUCCAGAGACACAUACAUCCAUAGACAUAAUGAAAAGUACACGCGAAUCCAGAUAAUGGCCGUUGUCCCCUAAACCAGACUUCAACCAACUGAUAGGCUGAUCGUUUUAUCUCCCCAUAUACAUAAGUCAAAUGUCUGUCUUUCAGUCAAGUUUAGUGGAAUACAGUCAUUAGCAGGAGCAAGAUCAUCUUCAUUUAGUGCAAUUCACAGACUUUUGAUCCCAAUUCCCCUGAUUCAUGCGCAUUUGCAUUUUGGCGUGUCAGAAGCAGAUCGCAGCGUAACUGAUAGGGAGGGGAGUCGGUUCUUUUAAAACACUUAACCACGGUUGCCACACGAACAGAAUAACAAUGCGCCAACAUAAAAUAAUGUUUCAAAUCGCCAAAAAUAUCUAUAGUAAUUUCAAUUUCAAACCAGUUUUGCGAUCUAGUCUCUUAGUUUCUACUUCAAAGCCAUCUCAACUUUCUUUUUACAGCAUGAAAAUAAUUUUAUUCGGUGUCCUAUCCAAUAUUUCCACAGCGUCGGCCUCCCUUUUUCUUUCUGGUUUUUCUUUUUUGUGCUAAUGCCAAGAUAAAUUGUGAAAUAGUUAAAAGCAAAAAGUAGUUAAGGAUUCAAGUCCCGUGGGAGAUAGUUUACAAGUGAGUUGGGGAUCACAAGAGCAAAAGGUGUAACAAAAGUGCGCUUCCAGAAGAACCAGAGAUCAUACAAACAAAACCCUACUUAAAUCCUAGAUCUGGCUGAAAAGGGAUGGAAUGAAUAACAUGAAUAGAAUAUACUAUAUUAUCCAUUAGGUUUAAGAAGCGAAGCAACGCCUUCUAAUUAUGUAAAUGUAAAUCAAGAAUAACAAACAAAUGAAAUUACAUUUUUAUUUAUCCUAA